AUAUAUAAAUAUUGUAUAAUUUAUGAUUGUAUAAUUUAAGCAAUUUAUGUUAAUUUACCAUAAGCAUGUCCGGUGCCAAUUUAGCCAGUAACUCCAGCGAUGUGGAGAUUGAUUAUCAGACCAUAUCAUCGACGGGCACAGAGAUGCCGACGGAGACUUCAGAGCGGCUGCACGAUCGCAUCUCAAAGACCCAGUUGGCCAAGCUACACACAUGGUUCAAAUCCUUCAAUGGAGUGGUGAAUCAAGCGGAUCUGCGUCGCAUGCUCGAAGAUGUGGAGAUUUCAUUUAGUGACUACACCUAUACGCGUUUGUUUCUCAAAAUCAAUCAGAAUCGCGAUUUUAUGAUCGACUGGAAUGAGUUUGUUUCGUACUUGAUAUUUGGCUUUCAGGAGGAGGAUCCCAGCAGUCAAAAGGAAUCGCUUAUUAUGCCCAUAUCGAAGCCACCAAUUAUAAGAAAGACUGAGCAUCGCUCGGCUGUGUGUUGCAUUGCGCUGCUCAAGGUAAAGUCAGAUCAGUCGCCGAUGGAUGAGAUUACAGAGACGGCAAACUAUUCGUUUGGCGGUGAAGAUUCGCCCGAGAACUCUGGCAUGUGGGUGACGGCCAGUCAUGAGGGACAGCUGCGCUUCUGGAGCGCGCACAUGGAGCCGCUACGCAGCGCUGUCUCCGAGAGCAGUAAUUUACCCUACGCCGUCUAUUGCAUGAGCUAUGCCUUCUACAACAAUGGCAAAGUGCACUCCAAGCUGGUGCUGGGCGACUAUGCGGGCAAUGUGCGUAUAUUAAGCUAUUCACCAUAUCUGCGUGGACCCUUCCAGGCCAAGCCGGGCGCCGCCCUGGUGGAGGUGGUCUGGGCAGAUGUGCUGAAGGGCAGAAUACCGCUGCUGGUGGCGCGCGAGCAUAUCAAUCUGCACAAUGAGCUCGUCUCCUGUGUCUACUACUCGCUGCAUAUGAAUGCGCUGUUCGCCAGUGCGGAGUAUAGAAACACGCGCAAGUAUCGUGGCCGCUGUCCAGGACUGAUAAUGGUGGGCAGCGAUGAUCGCAAUAACUUUCGCAUACCGCUGGGUGUGUCAGUCUUUUAUGUGGCUGAGAGCAAGAAUGUUGUAGUCACUGGUGGACCCGACACCUUUGUGCGCAUUUGGGAUGUUUAUAUAUCCUCGGAGCCCUCGGCUAUACUAACUGGUCACAAUGGCGGCAUUGUUGCUGUCUUUGUGCAGCCGGAGGAGAACAAAGUGUACAGCGUGGACUAUCAUAAGAUCAUCAAGAUUUGGGAUUUGCAGGAGCACACAUUGCUGCAAACCUAUGGCGAUCUGGUGCGUAUUAUUCAUCACAGUGAAACGGACAUCAAGUACUAUUACCACUCGCAUCUGCGUGAGCUUAUGGUGGCCGGACGCAAGCUCAUCACCAUCAAGUGUUGUCCACGCGUGCGCGUCGAUCUCACCGAUGGCAACACCCAUGCGGCGCCCGUCUCCGUGGUGCUCUACAAUCGCUUGUUCCGCAACAUUGUCACCUGUGGUCUGGAUAGCUACAUUAUAGUGUGGGAUCCAUGGACGGGCAGGCGUAAGAUCAUUAUGAAGAACUGUCACACCAAGAUGAUAUAUGGCGAGAUGAUUGAUAUUGAAAUAACUGCUGCCUGCUUUGAUCCCUUGGAACAGUUUCUACUCACUGGCGCUAGAGACGGCUCCCUGAAGAUUUGGAACUAUAACAAUUCAGUGGUGGUGCGCAACAUGAGCAUAGCGCCGGAUAUGGAGGUUACCGCUGUGAUCUGGGUUGUAGAUCGCAUUUUGGCCAUGGGCUGGGAUCGUCAGGUUACCGAGUUCAACGAUGUCGAAGGUCGCGAAUAUGGUGAUCCCAAAAAAUGGGCCAAGUUCCACAGCGAUGAUAUUACCUGCGCAGAUGUUAAGAUGGGCGAGGGCGUCGUCACCGCCACCUACUCUGGCGAAAUAAUCUUCUGGAAGCUGGAAACGGGUCAGCCAUAUCGACGCUAUAGCGUCAUGGAUCCCACGCGCUUCAUUGAGCUUAAGCUUACCAAGGACGAGGAUAAGCAAACACGUCGCAGCAAGCGCUCCAACACUUUCCAAUCGUUCCUCAGCCUCACCAAUCGCACAAGUCGCAGCAAUAUCAAUCUGCUUACGCCCAAGGAUGCUGUCAAGGAAUAUGGCCGCAAUCUGCCCGUUUCUGUGCAGGCUGUGCUCUUCCUGCAAAGCCGACCAAUGAACAAGGAAUACGCUAGCGUUUAUAUAUCCUUGGAUACGGGCAUUAUUCAAGUGUAUUCGCAUCAUCAGCAUGGCGGCAUUUUGGGACAAUUUCUGGCUGUGCAUAAAGUGGGUGACUGCGUCCUAACCAUGUGCACCGAUCGCAAGAAUCGAUUUCUAUUUACGGGCACUGCCUUUGGCUACAUUAAGGUCUGGCAUAUAGUUAAUUACUGCAUACCGCAGUCGGAGAAGGUUAAGGUGUGCAUGCCCAGACUACGCUUGGAUUUCAUAUUUCUGCGCAAGGAGCUCUUCUUGACGCGCGCCAAGCGUGCAGUGCGUAAUCAGCCGGAGCCGCUGCUGGUCAGCUCCUUCAAGGCACAUCUCAAGGCAAUCAAUUCCAUAGCGUUUAUCAAUCUGCCCAAGAUAAUCUUCAGUGGCAGCCACGACUACUCCUGCCGCUUGUGGACUCUAGGUGGUCGCUAUUUGGGCACCUUGGGCACUGUGCUGCCCUGGACAAAGCUUUCACCCUUUGAGCGCGCAGGUGACGAGGAGCGCGCCUAUCGUUUGCCACCUGAUAUUAAGAAGGUAGCUAGUUCCACCACACUCAAGGUGAUUUCUGGCGUGCAAGCCGAGCGCGUUGUGAAGCGCGCCAAGCCCACAGAGGAACGUGAGGAGGAGCGCGAGGUGGAGGCCGACGCCGGCGCCGAAAUGAAGAACAUGUUCGAUCGACCACUGCGUGAGCCCAUUUUGGGCAAACACUUUCAGCUGCCGGGUCGCAGUGCUGUGGAGCAGCGCAUCGAGCUGGACACCACACAGCUGUAUAUACCAGUGUACACACAUCUCAAAGUGUAUCCAUCUGAUCUGCAGGAAACUCUACCCAUGCCGCCCAUCAUUGGUCAGGUGAAGAACGAAAACUACUUGGAGCACUAUUUGCCAGUGCAGGGCAAGAUUGAUCCAAAGGCAUCGGCUGUCAAUAUACGCGAGCCGCCCAAGCGUUCCAGAGGCGGCAAGGACAAGAGCUCGGAGCCGUCGCAGCAAUAGUUCAAUAGCAAUUAUGCUGAAAUUAAAAUAC